GCGUUUCAACUUUCACCGGCAAACGAAAGAAGAAAAUGGUCCAGUUUCACGAACACAUAAUCGCCGAUCUCCUUGAAGAACCCACCGCCGGCGGCGGCCUAGUCGUUAUCUCUUCCGGGCUUGCUCUCCACAAACUUAUUGCCGGUUUUCUCCACCUGCACGACACUUCCGAAGGCACUCUUCUCAUCCUCUCUGCAUCCCCUUCCCAGAAGCAUUCAAUCCUCACCUCCCUAAACCCUAACCCUAACAACGAAAUCACCAAUUCUCCGUCCGAGAUCACUUCUGACCUCCCCUCACAUCAUCGCCUUUCUCUCUACUCCUCCGGCAACGCCUUCUUCAUCACUUCUCGUAUCCUCAUCGUUGACCUCCUCACUCGCCGCCUUCCUACAUCUGCCGUGGCUGGGAUCAUCCUCCUCAAUGCACAUUCUUUAUCAGAAACUUGUACUGAGGCUUUCAUUGUCAGAAUUCUUAGGUCGUCGAAUAAGAAUCUUUAUGUUCGUGCGUUUUCGGAUAAGCCCCACGCUAUGGUCUCUGGAUUUGCCAAGGCCGAGAGAACACUCAAAUGCUUGUUUCUCAGGAAACUCCAUCUGUGGCCCAGGUUUCAGGUAUAUGUAUCAGAAGAACUAGAGAGGGAUCCACCAGAAGUAGUGGACAUCAGGGUCCCCAUGUCUGCUUACAUGGUGGGUAUUCAGAAAGCUGUGAUUGAGGUCAUGGAUGCUUGUUUGAAGGAGAUGAGGAAGACUAACAAGGUUGACGUGGAGGAUUUGACUGUGGAGAAUGGCUUGUUCAAGUCAUUUGAUGAGAUUGUAAGGCGGCAACUAGAUCCAAUCUGGCAUACAUUGGGGAAGAAGACUAAGCAGCUUGUCUCAGAUUUGAAAACCUUGCGGAAGUUGCUUGAUUAUCUUGUUAGGUAUGAUGCAGUGACUUAUUUAAAGUAUUUAGAUUCAUUGAGAGCAUCAGAGAGUUUUCGUUCUGUAUGGAUCUUUGCAGAAUCCAGUUAUAAGAUCUUUGAAUAUGCGAAAAGACGGGUUUAUCACUUUAGUAGGUCAAAGGGUGAAGAUUUGACCACCUCAGCCAAGAAUGUGAAGUCCAAAAAGAGGAAGUUGGAUGAUAGCAGCAAUGAUAAAGAAGAUUCUCCGGUGACAAAUGGCAGUAGUAGUGUAGUUUUGGAGGAAGUCUUGGAGGAGGCACCAAAGUGGAAGGUGUUGCGUGAGAUUCUUGAAGAAAUAGAAGCCGAAAGGGAAAAGCAAGCCACAUCAAAUGAUGAAUGUGUUGUUGAAAUUAAUCAAGAUAAUAAUGGCAUGGUUUUGGUUGCAUGUAAAGACGAACACUCGUGUGUGCAACUUGAGGAGUGUAUCACAAGCAACCCUAAUAAGGUCAUGCGUGGAGAGUGGGAGAAGUAUUUGGUUAGUAAAGUACAAUUGCAAGCCUUACCAAAGCGCAAUAAGAAGAAACCCCAAAACCCUAAAGGUUUUGGAGUACUUGAUGGAGCAGUUCCUUUGACACCCACAAAGGGAGUAGAAAGCAGUAGCAUAGCAACACAAGAACAAAAUGCCCUUUUAGCAGCAGCAACCGAAAUAAGUAAAAGAGUCCAAAAAGUUAUUGACGUAGUAGAUGAUCCUCAAAGUAAUGUGGUCCAUAAAGGGCGAGGCAAAGGGAACUCAAAAGGCAAGAAAAAACAGCCCUCAAAAAAUGUUCCCUUAAAGAAAGAUGAUAAAAGUAAACUUGAGACAUCAUCAGUUAAAGAAUGUGAGCCCUCAAUCCCAGUUUUGAAGAAGCAUGUUGAAGGGGUUGAUGUUGAGAAACCAGACAAUCUAAAAAAGAUUCCUUCUGUUCACUUUUAUGCGUAUGAAAGUGGUCAGCAAGUUCUUGACAUUUUGAAGCCUUCUGCUAUUGUUGUUUAUCAUCCUGACAUUGCUUUUGUGCGAGAAAUUGAAAUAUAUAAAGCCGAAAAUCCAUUAAAGAAGGUGAAAGUUUAUUUUUUAUUUUAUGAAGAUUCUACAGAAGUGCAGAAGUUUGAGGCCAGUAUACGCCGUGAAAAUGGAGCAUUUGAAUCCCUGAUUAGACAGAAAUCCAUGAUGAUGUUGCCAGUUGAUCAGGUUCAAUCUUUCAUAAUUUUUGAUCCCACCACGGAGACAGAAUCUCCAUCAAAACAAAAUAUGGUAACUAGGAAGGCAGGUGGACAGAAGGAAGCUGUGAAAGAGAUGCAAGUGAUAGUGGAUAUGAGGGAGUUCAUGAGCAGCCUUCCAAAUGUACUUCAUCAGAAAGGCAUGCAUAUAAUACCAGUGACUCUAGAAGUUGGAGAUUACAUUUUAUCACCAUUGAUUUGUGUCGAGAGAAAAAGCAUUCAAGAUCUUUUCGGUAGUUUUGCAUCGGGUCGCCUUUACCACCAAGUUGAAAUGAUGGUCCGUUAUUACCAAAUCCCCGUUCUUUUAAUCGAGUUUUCACAAGACAAAAGCUUCUCAUUUCAGUCAACAAGUGAGAUUACGGAUGAUGUGACGCCUCAUAACAUAAUAUCAAAGCUAUCUUUACUUGUUCUACAUUUUCCUCGUUUGCGGAUUGUGUGGUCUCGUAGCUUGCAUGCAACUGCAGAAAUUUUUGCUUCUCUUAAGGCAAAUCAAGAUGAACCCGAUGAAGCCAAGGCAACUAGAGUCGGUGUACCUUCAGAAGAAGGUGUUGUGGAAGAUGACAUUCGGGCUGAGAAUUACAAUACAUCCGCGGUUGAGUUUCUAAGGCGGCUACCAGGGGUGACGGAUGCUAACUACAGGACAAUAAUGGACGGGUGCAGCAGCUUGGCGGAUCUGGCACUCCUUCCAAUGGAGAGACUUGCUGAAUUAAUGGGAGGCCAGAAAUCUGCCAAGAUUCUUAGGGACUUCCUUGAUGCCAAGUAUCCCACCUUGUUAUAAUAAUUUAUAAUAUAAUGUCAUCUCUAUACACCACUGCAUUUGUUGUACUCUCUACAAUUAAAGGAAUUUCAUGUAUCAUUUAUCUCAUGUUUUUGGAUUGAAUGACGCAUAUAUUUACCA